AUGAGCUCCCCGAUAAAAAAGAAAUCAAAGCCUUCUCAACAGCCUGUAUCUCAUACGUCUAUUUUCAAAUCUCAAAAUAGCCAAGCAGACAAUGAGCACGCUCAGCUACCAACGGAUAAUCUCGCUGAGUUAUCUCUUGGCCAGAGGUUGAAGGCAUCUGCAAACAAAGCAGGUGAUGACCAAGCUGAUAAUGAGGCUAUAGAUGCCCCAACUAUCCCUGCUCAAUCUUUGGCUACUCUUCUCACUCAAUCUCUCAAUUCGAAUGAUAAAAAUCUCCUUGAAAGCUGCUUGAGUCAGACAGAUUUGAAUAUUAUUAGAAAUUCCGUUAAUAGACUACCUUCACAACUCGCUAUUCCUCUCCUUCAUCAGUGUACAACUAGACUCGCUAAACCUGGUAGAGCAGGUCCAAAGCGCGCCAAAUCUUUAUUAGAAUGGUCAAAAGCAGUUUUGACUAUACACACUGCCUAUUUGUUGUCAGUACCUCAAAUUACUCAAAAAUUACUUGGUUUGCAUUCUGCUCUGAGUCAGCGUAUAAACUCACACGAGCAACUCAUGUCCCUUUCCGGUAGACUUGACGUUGUACUCUCUCAAAUCGCUUUACAAAGAUCUAUUCAACAAGAGAGGCGAUCAGCUGAGCAAGGCAAUCAAAAAUCAAACAAUGCCGUCACCUACGUCGAAGGCGAUUCAGAUGAGGAAGAUAACAUUGAGUAUGAUAACGAUGAUGGUCAGGGUAUUGAGGAUGUUGAACUCGGUAACGGUGAGAAUGAUAGCGACCAAGAUAGUGAGGAAGAUGAUGAGGGACUUGACAAUAGUUCAGAUGGUGAUGACAGCGAUAGAAAUGCAAUGGUGGAAGAUGAGGCUAUCGAAGAUGACGAUGAUUCGGAUGAUGAUGAAGAGGAUAAUUGA